UCAGAAAAGAUGGAAGUAGCCUUUGACCUAGGGAGGCGGGGCUGCGCAUGCGCAACAAGUCCGGCGGGGAAGAUGGCGGAUGACAAGGAUUCUCUGCCCAAGCUUAAGGACCUGACAUUUCUCAAGAACCAGCUGGAGCGCCUACAGCAGCGUGUGGAGGAUGAAGUCAACAGUGGUGUAGGGCAGGAUGCCUCACUCUUGUCUUCUCCAUUCAUCAAGGGAUUCCUGGCAGGCUAUGUGGUGGCCAAACUGAGGGCAUCAGCAGUAUUGGGCUUUGCAGUGGGCACUUGCACUGGCAUCUAUGCAGCUCAGGCGUAUGCUAUACCCAAUGUGGAGAAGACACUGAAGAACUACUUUAGGUCACUACGAAAGGGACCUGACUAGACCCUUUGGGGAAGGCAGGAUGAGCAUGUUGG